AUGUCAACCACCCUCUACCCGCCCGUGACCGCCCCCUCAACCGACCAACAAUUUCUCAUCUCCGCCGGUGUCCGCAUCCUCGAAUCCCAAUACCACACUCUCGAUUUCUCACCUGAAUUCCUCUCUAUCUACGGCCGACCAACCCUCGUCUACCGUCCAUGGGAACGUCUCUGGUCGAUCCCCUGCACCCACAUUCUCGAAGCCAUCACACCACGCUAUCCCGCUCACACCGCCGUAUUUCUCAAAUUCGCGGCGUACAAAGAUCGGUAUCUGGAGUUUUGCUUGGAGGUGGAUAACUAUUAUGGAUGGUUGAGAAUGAAUAGGGACCAGAAGGGCAAGGAAAAUGGGAAUUCAAGGGAGGGAGAGAAUAGUGAGAAAGAGAGCGCGACGGUUAUUGGGAGGGCGGAGAUGGAGGCCGCGUGGUGUAAGCUUUUGAUAGGCAUGUUUGAUGAAAUGAGGUCGAAGAGGGAUGUGAUGAGACGUUUUGUGGGUAUGAGGAGUAGGCUUGGCGAGGAGAGAAUUCUUAUGACAAUCAAGGAGGUAGAAGCGGACAUGAAGGAAGUAUUGAGGUUCGCGGUGGAACAGAGAUUCAGCAAAGAAGUCGAGAAAUACUGGGCUAGAAAGUGGAAGAUCUACGGAUAUCGAUGUCCAGAAUUGGAUGUUAAGUGCAUAACCGACUGGUCCAUCGAAGCGCCCUUCCAAAAAUCCCUCUUAAAACCCAACGACAUGAACAACAACGAUUACAUCGAGACCGACGACGAGAUCACCAACGAAAAAUACACCCCAAGCGGCGAAAACAUCGACUCGGGUGUAUCUCUACACAGUGCCGAAUCUUCCCAAACGCAGAUGAUCCAAGAACCCACACCAAAAAUGAGUCAGGAGCCAGAGCAAGAACAAUUACAAGAAGAAAAUGUAGAAGAAGACGAAGAAGCCGUACUAGAGAAACCUGAUCCGUCAUUAAACACAAAGCAAAACUUAAAGCAGGAGAUGCGUGGAGAAGAUUCAGAUACGAUGCACGGCCGAUUAGCGUUCAGGAAUUAG